AUGAAGACUCACUCUACACACCGUUAGAUCUGAGCAUCUCUCGAUCUACAAUAGAUGGCGAGACAGAGGAGCAUAUCCCAAACCAAACGCACAGUGUUAGAGGAGAUACAUUUUAAGCUGACAAUAAAUACUUUUUCUUUCUCUGUCUAUCUUCUUUACUUUACAAAGAUUUGCAGAUAACACAUUUUGACAAAACCUCUUCGGUGUCAUGUUCUUCCAUUGAUCAAAACAUUCUCACCAGACAUAAUCUGAGAGAAAGAGAGGAGGAUUCAUGAGUAGUUCCGAGAGACAUCCGUGCGAAUUCUGCGGCGAGCGAGCGGCGGUUCUGUUCUGCAGAGCCGACACGGCGAAGCUCUGCUUGCCCUGCGACCAGCACGUGCACACGGCGAAUCUCCUCUCCAAAAAGCACGUGCGAUCUCAGAUCUGCGAUAAUUGCGGCAACGAGCCUGUCUCCGUCCGGUGCUUCACCGACAACCUCGUCCUGUGUCAGGACUGCGAUUGGGAUGUCCACGGGAGCUGUUCCGUCUCCGACGCUCAUGUCCGCUCCGCCCUGGAAGGGUUCUCCGGCUGUCCAUCGGCGUUGGAGCUCGCCGCGUUACUGGGAGUCGAUCUGGGAGGGAGGAAAGAAGAGAACGAAGGGCCGACGAUGGAGAGUUUCGGGAUGCAGCUGGAUUCGUGGGUUACUGGAUCUAACGUUUUGCAGGAGCUGGUUGUGCCGGUGCCCAAGGAGACGACGUCGUUUAGGAAGCGUGGGUCUAGCUGUUGUGGGAGGUAUAAGCAGGUGUUGUGCAAACAGCUUGAGGAGUUGUUCAAUAAUGGUGACAAUGAUGGUGACGGAGAAGGAGAAGGAGGAGGAGAAGCAAGGGAAGGGCUUAUGGUUCCGGAGAUGCCGGAGAGAAUGGGACGGGCGAGAGAUGCAGAGGAAAUCAAUAGCGGUGGAGAAGUUAUCCAGCAGCCUCCUACGACGUCGUUUACUUCUUUGCUGUUGAAUGCUGAUAAUCCUAGUGCUAGUAGUGCUGGCCGGACUACUCAGAUAUGGGAUUUUAACAGAGACAAUGCAAUGCAGCGUUACAAGGAAAAGAGGAAAACUCGGAGAUAUGAUAAGACGAUAAGGUAUGAAUCGAGGAAGGCAACAGCUGAUACAAGGUUGCGUGUCAAAGGACGAUUUGUGAAAGCUACUGAAGCUCCUUAUCCUUAAAAAACUCUCUUUACAUAGGUUUCCUGUUAGAUUAUAAAGUUAGGAACCUUUUUGUCUACUUCCCAUCUCGGACAUGCAUAUAUAGAUCGGUCUUGUUUCAUUUGGCCACGCUUGUCUUGUCGUUGUGUGCCUUAUCUGGCCCCUUUUUAUUGUACCAUGGAAACUUCUCUAGUUGAAAAAGGAUCAAUGUCUUAAUCUUGUAGAAGCAAAUUAUCCGUUUACUGUUUAUUGGUCCAAUUUUUGAA